UAGACUAUCUUGAAACGAUUGUACACGGUUCUGUAAAAGCACUAGUCAUUGUGAUACAAAUUUUACUCUCUCUAAAUCGUGUAAAUAUGUCGACGUCCAAACAAAAUACUACAUUACCCAAAGGUAUAAUGAAAACGCCACGCUGUAACCAUGGAAACAGUAAUCCCAGCGCUCCACCGCAGUUUUUGGCGCCGCCUGCUGGUGGUUUCCUGAAACAGCAGCUGUGAGAAUGGAAACCGAAAGUGAAGUGAAGUGGAGAGAGGAGUGGAGCAGGAAAACAGGGCCAUUUGCAGCUCCAGCGCUUCUGGACGGAAUCUUUCUAAUGUUCGUGCUGUGAAAGGACUUGAAAAGCGCUAAAGAAAUGAGUCGACUUCAAGAAGAAGUGGAGUUGGAAAAAUGUGUCAGGCGACUGAGAGAGACAUUUCAUGGAAACAUUCCGAUCGACAAGGCGACUUUACUCAUGCGCCGAUACAGGAACAACUACCAGAUGGUAGCGAAGGUGAUCAUCCUGAUGAAAGACCAAGACCUGGACGACGACGACCGGUGGUCUCUGGAAAACGAUCCUGUCGUAAAGAAUGUGGUUGAGAAACUGCAGAAUGAAGAAAGAGAAAAGGAGAAAAGAAAAGACAGACAAUCAGGAGCUAGUAACGAUCCUAGGAGCUCAAAGCAAUCUAAAGCAAACAAGGGGCCUCAGGAGGACAAAGACAUACAGGAGCUUGGGAAGAAACUUCGGGUCCUGCCUCUAACAGAGAAGAAUAAGCGCAUGUUCGAUCGUGCGCAGCAGAACCAAAUGCUCUCCGUCGAGCACCAGUUCGCCUGCGAGUUGUGCGACAAGAGCUGGUGGAGACGAGUCCCUGAGAGAAAGAGGGUGUCUCGCUGUCGGCAGUGCAAACGGAAAUACGACCCUGUGCCACCAAACAAAAUGUGGGGCAUCGCGGAGUUCAUGUGCCCAAACUGUGCUCGAUCUUUCAAGGGGUUCGGUCGAAUGGACUUGGGAUCUCCGUGUUAUAGCUGUCGCUUCAUUGUUAUGCCAACACGCAUCCUGCCUCCACGCAAAAACUUGAUGGACCGAGGGCUGAGGAGAAGACACCAGCACAGCUGCCUGGCAGAGGACUGCUAUAACAGACAGGAGCCUCAUGUUCCUGGUACAGAGUGUGUGCACCCGGUCAGCAGGAUGAAGAACGGUAAGCCUCAGGUGGUGAACCCCAGCCAUCCCCACAUCAGCAGUGGCUCCACGGUGAACACGUGCCUGAGUCAAGGCAGCCUGAUAGAGGAUUUGUUUGACAUCAUCAUGGAUGAUAUCCGCGAGGAGGACGAGAGCAACAACGACUCAGGCAGCAGCACCAGCAGCUGAAGGAAAGGCCAGAGUCUGCAUCCACAGCUCAAAACCUUGGCCCUCAAGCACUGACCCAAAGACGUGUGAUUAUUGUUACAUUCAUAUAAUGUGAAAUGUGGCACAGUGCAGAGAGCUUUGUUUCAAAGAAGCAGUGACUUCUUUAGCGUUUUCAGGAAUUUUAAAGAUAUUAUGAGUUAUUUUCUGGCUGAUAGUUUGUAAAUGUGCUAUGAACUUAAGGGAACAGCUUUGUUCAGAUCUCUAAAUUUAUAACCUUGCUUGAUUGACACCUAUGCAGUCUUUUUUUUUUUGCCUAACACAGAAUAAGGUCAUGUUGUAAGUAUUAGUAUUUAUUUCCCGAGUCAGUCAAUAAUCCUUAUGCUUGUCCAUCAAGGGCAGUUUAGUUGAAGAAAUAUCAGCAAGAGUGCGUCAUGUGUUGCCUUGUGACAAAAAAGUGCACUUAAUCAUGGCUAAGCUCUUAAAACCAAGCUAACAAAAUCCCCAAAGUGAAAUAAUCUUCAAACCGUUCUCCAAUAGUUGGUUAAAUCAUAAGUAGAUGUUGAAGCUGAUGAUUUUGGUAUAUGCCGCCUGUGAAACUUAUACAGUUUGCUUCUUUUCUUUUAAUUACUUACCAUUUACAGGUCUGCCUUCAAUCACUUCCUGCUUUUGUAUGUUAUUGAGUUCACAAAGUGUGACAGUGAAAUGGGCUUUCAGUAUAUACUUACAUAACACUGUUUAGAAAUGCUUUGCUGGGAUUGUAUAUAUGCAUCAGAGGUUUUAAACGUUUCAUACGAUGAAGAGUCAUUUCUAGAUUUUAUGAAGACCACAAGCGUUAUUCUGUUUUAUUAAGACAGUAUUAAGCAGUGAAUAUAUUACUACAGUUUAUCUAUUGGAAAUUGUACUACCUAUUGUACUCUCGGACAGCUAUUUUUUUGUACAUUGCUGUUAAUUGAAAAACCACACAAUAUACCAGCUGAAGCACAGAAAAGCCUUCGAGUUGUGAAAUAUGCGUUCGAUGUGUCACUGCUUUUAAACUUCCAAAACAACCAUUUCUGCAGAAUGAAUACCAGGGAAGCAACAGGGUCUCCCAAGCACCCUCUAAAAAAAUUAAUGUUUUUAUUUCCUGGUCUGAGAAGAUUACUGUGGUAUGGCAGCCAGGCAUAUUAUUACAGUGUAGAAUAUAGCACUUUACUAUUUACACUGUAUUAUCUGAAAACUGCACUUAUACUGUGCAGCACUGCCCAUGAACCUGUACGAGCUGUGAAUGGGAUAAACACUAACUUCAGCAGCUCUAUAGUAAAGCUAAACCCAAAAUAUAAACAUGGUUUUGAUUGCAUCACUAUAAUCUGUGUUGAGCUAAUCAUUAUGUCAUGGCCUGAGAUCUUCUCUCCAAUGGGAACUGCAAAAGAUAGUGCAGCAGGCUGACAUAAACAAACACAUCAAUACAACAAUUCAACAUAACUCAACUGUAAACCAAAUUAUAAAGAUAGUGGUUGUACUUUUUUUGUUAUUUAAAAGUACCGGGAACAUUUUUGUCCAGUUAUUUCAGAAUUUUGGAAAUUUGUAAAUCAUUAUUAGAGAUGAGAGAGGAAGUCUACAAUAAUAAUUCAUGUUUGUGCCUUCUGUGUGACAAUCUAACCUUUCCCCUCAAUCAGCUCAUAUGUUUGGAUUGAGAGCAGUCUUGUUGUUGUUUUGUUGUGACUGGGGUGUUGACUUUGUUGGAAUUGGAUUGUCAGGUUUUUUUAAAUUAUCAACUGGAGUUUCAUGUUUGUUUGGAAAUUUAGUUGUGUUGGUAUUGGGAUAUUAUUAUUGUUAGGCUUGGCAUCUUAUCCCAGUUGGGAUUGGAGCCUUGCCUUUGUUGUUUGGGAUUGGAGUAUUUUUUUAAUUGCCAUUGGAUUGUUAGUUUUCAGGAUUAUUAGUUUUUUGGGGAUUGGAAUUUUAUUUUUCGUUGGAUUGGAGAUUGGAAUCUUGGGGCUUUUUGGUUGGAAUUGGGGUUUUGUGUAUGUUGUUUGGGUUUGGUAUAUUGUCUUUGUUUGAUGGAAUUGGGAGUUUGUGUUUGUUGUUUGGGACUGGUAUAUUGUCUUUGUUGGGAUUCAAGUUUGUGUUUGUUGGUUGGAUCUUGAGAAUGUAUGGUAUUGUGUGUCAGCUUGGAGUUAGUUAUCUUGGAGUCUGGUUUGUUAUUUUGAUCCAAAUCAUGUCUGUAGAUGAAACCAGCAUAACAUUAAACAUGUAUUUAAUGUUAAAAUAUGUAUUUGUUUAAAAUUGUUUAAAUAAAGAAACACUCAGCACACA